AUGAGUACAGAAAGAGAUUCCCAAGAGCCACAGGAAUCAAAAGGUAGUGACUCUUUUGAUAGUACUACUCUCGGAUUAGAUGGUGUUUCUUUUUCGUCCUCACCGAUUUCACAGGAUGAAGCGAUGAAGCAGUUGCGUCUUGCGCAGGCCGCAAUGCAGAAAUACGUAACAGUAGAGAUGUCUGCCCAUGCAGAGGACUGGAAAUUGUUGGGUAGAGUUAGCGAAUUGUUGCAAGAACGAUGCCAACAAGUUCGAGGCUCAACACGGGAGGCAGUCCAACAGAUGGAAACGACUGCUGAAAUGAUGGAACGUCUUAGGGUUCAUUUUGCACGCGUCGAUGAAGUUGAGUCACAACUCGCGACACUCUCAGAUACAGUUAAUAAACUUGAUCAGUACAGUAAAGCUUUGGCGAAACGUUUUAAUUGUGAAUGA